UUGGAAAAGGGUGCCGAGAUUGGAAGUCGCUGGGAAAAGUGGGAAGUUUUCCCGGAAAAGUCCGGAAAGUCCGGAACGACCCGCAACCAACCGUAGUGCGAAAUAAUCCGCAAAAAUACAGGGUUGACAGUAAGAAAAAGGAUUCUAAAUCCUUUUACAAACUACGGGAAGCAAUCAACCAAAUCACAAUCAACCGCAGGGAGCGCAGAAUUUUGCGGCCAACAUUCGGGGUAUCGCGCAGAGGAAACCUUCAAAUACCGCACCGGCAAGCAGCAAUGUUUGAGUCUGUAAUCAAUCAUUCUACAGCAAGUUGUUCCGACUGAGCUUGCCAAUCUACGCCCCCGGGGGUGGUUCGCCGCGCCCAAUGGUAGUAUGUGAUAAGCGGUGGUGAAUCAACAACCAAGGAGCACAAGAGCACGCGACCAGCGGUAAUAAGUUUGCAAAAAAAAAACAGUAACAACAACGACAACGGCCUGCUGGAGAGCAACAACCUAAUUGGAUGCUAUGAAUCAAAUCAUGGAUGCAGUUGCCUUGUGAACGCCAAGUCCUUUCGGUGAGCAUCGUGUAGUGACCAGCCGGCACGGCGUUGGCUGCUUCUGUAACAGCCGGCAGGAUGAAAAUCAACGAAAAGAGCUUGUGUCUAUUCGCCACAACGCCCCCGGUCGACCUGGAAGGGUGGAUGAACAAACGGGGCGAGAUGAAUAAAAGCUGGCAGCGGCGCUGGUUUGUGCUCAAGGGCAACCUGCUGUUUUACUUCGAGAAGCGGGGCGACAAGGAACCGCUAGGCAUGAUCAUCCUCGAGGGCUGCACCGUGGAACUGGCCGAAGAGGGCGAGCAGUACUGCUUUCAGAUCAUCUUUCACGGCCCCAACAAUCGCACGUACUAUCUGAGCACGGAAUCCCAACCGAUCAUGGAGCAGUGGAUGAAGGCACUCACUUGCGCCGGCUACGACUACAUGAAAUUGAUGGUAGCCGAGCUGCAGCGGCAGCUGGAAGAGAUCGAGGGACAAUGCAAAGAGAAGCAGCUGGAUGCAGUGGCUUUGCCACCACCCAAGGAACCACCGCCAAGGCGCCAGAACCCGUUCAACAAAUCGCGCACCACGGAGCAGCACACAGUUUCAGAAACGACGAUCCCACCCCUAUCCGGUAGCGCAAUCCAAUCCACAUCGCCAUGGGAUGACGAGAAGCGUACGAUGGUCGCGAACGAAGCGAUGGAACUACGUGCCAAGCCAAGGAAUCACUCUCCGUCCGCCAGCAAGGGGCCCAACAUGGCAGCACCGGAGAGCAGUGGUGUAUCCGUCGAUCAUACGGAUGGUAUUAGUUACGCGACCACGCCAGACAGCAAAGAGACACUGAACGGUGCGAGUUGCUACUCCUUUGAGGCGAUGCACUCGACACUGGGAAUUCCAGUAUUGGCAGACUUGAGCAAAUGGAACGAAAGUGUGCUCCAGACGAGUCCAACGAAAACGACGACGUCGACGCAGAUGCUGACGCCGACGGCGGCGCUGACGCCGACGACAUCGACGAUGGUUGGUGCAAACAUAGCAGUUACGACCGCAGCAAUGAGCGUCGCAGUGACUAACGAAUCAUACCCCGAUAGAUCGUAACAUGCGUCAUCGCUUUUAAAAACUGCCAAAAACCAUUAUUCCAGAAUUUUUAUGAUUCAUUUUAAUGGCGAAACCAACGAAACUGGAAUACAUCCGCACCGCGGAAUGACAGCAGCAGAUGAGCAACCCAUAGACGAACGAAAUAGCAGAACCAUCAUUCCUGUUACUCUGUUUGAAAUUAGGAUCUUUUUAGAUAAGCUUUUAUUGUUUUAUCUCCCAUCUCGUUUUUGGGUACUUUAGGGGUAUUCACUGUUUUAUCGACUUGUGAGAAAAAACAAAAAGAAAACAAUUUCCUCUUCCUUCUUAUCUAGCAUCCUAACUGGACCGCAGCUGUCCUGGAAACGGAUACGGCAGUUACAACGUCUCGUUAUGUUUUCCCUGUUCCGCAUAGACGAGCAGGUCAAUCAUUGGCUGAGCUAGUACUUCAUGUGUUUGCGAGUUCUGAAUGUUUAGUCUUUUGUUUGGUUUGUUUUUUUCCCUCUUUUACUAUCACUCUUAUUCAUUUUCCGCCCUCAUACUUGUUCCACUCUAACGCUUUUUUCUUCUGCUAACACAACUAUCAUCUAUCGCGCAUACGUGUUAGCUUGUAGCUUCUUUAUCAUUUCUUCAUUACCACUUUCUUCCAACCCUUUUUUCAGUCAAAUAUCCUCUGAAUAGGAAGCCUCUAGAGUCGCAUCUCUAAGCCCUGCACCGUUUGGGGGGCAACAAUAAGGCGGGAUACAGGAGACAAACUUACUUCCGCCUACGCAAGAGAAACAGUCCCAUCCGAAGAUCGCUCAAUAGGGUUUCCUCUGCUUGAAAAUCCCAAACUAAGACGGAAACCAGGCCAUUACUUGGGGUGGGAUGGAGAGAGCAUGUAACCAUUUCACCCCAAACAGCAGGCAAACCAUUUUUUGAAGGAGCGGGACUGUUAGGGGAGUUAAUUAUGUUUGUUGACCGUUCAUUGUUAGUAUAUACUUUAAGUAACUAGCAGUAGCCAAACAUAACAUCCUAGUGCCAAAAUUCGAACUAAUUACUUCCAUCGAUGAACGCGAAUGUAGCAAAACAAACGAACAAACAGGUCUAAUGUAUGAAUAUUUAUGCUGCUUCUACAUAUGUUACAUCUUUUUAAUCCGUUCAUUGUUCAUGCUUAAUUUAAAAAUAAAAAUGUAAGUGAAAUUUUACCGAAAGCGAAAGAAAAAGAAACUUUGGUUACGACAUGUG